AUGGCGUCGAAAUAUCUGGCACUCCUGUUACUAGUACCAGUAGUUUACGCGAAUAUUAAAGUUAACGUUGUCGCUUCAGACAACGAAGCGGAAAGAGAGGUAAAGUUUUCUGGACGCAAUACAGCCAUCAUCAGCGACAAGGAAAGGAACACCUUCCAACUUAGCGACAAUAACUUGAAGGACGCCGUCAGGGCCUUUUUCGGCCAGCGUCCCGAUGAUGCCUUCCUCAGGAGCCCUACACCCUGGGGAGAUCUCUACCAAACAUACGGCUGGCCCCAAGUUACCAGGACCUUAACUCCCCGAAGGGCAAGAGUUCUACAGGUCAGCUCUAAUCCGAGCAUUGUUUUGAGGCAACACUUCGAGAACAACAGUACGUCAUCGGGUACGUUCAAGGCCCAAAUUAAACAGGAAGUUAAGAACACCGUCACCUCCACUUGGCAGAAGGGUGGCGAGUUGUCCAUCGGCCAGGAUAUCGAGUAUGGCUUCGACAUUAAAGUGUUAUCCGUCGGUGGUAAAACCUCAUUCUCAUACACAUCCAAAUGGGGAGAGAGCGUGUCCAGAUCAGAAACAGUGACCGUAGGAUCCGAAUCAAGAGUGGAAAUACAUUUGGAGCCUGGCCAGAAGGUUAUAGCUGAGCUUUACGCUACACGAGGCACCAUGCAGAUUCAGGUAGACUAUGAUGCCACACUGUCCGGGAGUACUGCUGUCAACUACUCCAAAAAGUACAACGGUCACCACUUCUGGGCUCUUAACAUUAACAGUGUGAUGAGAGCCGGAGGCCUAAAAUCUUUUGCGGAAUCUCAUGAAGUCAUAAAUUUGGGUUAUUAUUCUGACUCAAAUAUCGUGAUUAGAGAUAGCAAGUCCAAUAAUAUUCUGUACAAUUUACCGAUGAGUAUAUUCUAA